AUGGCGGACCGUUUCCCUUCGUUGGAGGAGUUCUCUGCGGGUCAGACGGACGUCGUCGAAACCAACGACCCAUCAGACGAAAAUGAUUUCCUAGCCCGGGAGCGCGCUAUGCUUGGAGACGAUGCUGAACAAUUCGCCACUGCUCAAGACCACGUUGCUACGGCGGAGAGUUUAGAUACCGGUAACGAUCUACUGGGUGGUGCGGAGGAAACCCCGGUUGGCGAAUCCGCGCAUGAGGAGAUCUCCGGAUUUGAGUCGUCGUUUCCUGCUAUUGAGACACAAAAUGAGCAAGUUGCUCCUGGCGGUACAAUCACCGGAACCGGCGCCCCAUUUCCGCCAACUGGAUACGCUUCCUAUGGAGAGCCAUCGGAAGAGCCAGAGCCCGUUCGGGAAUGGCGUGAGAGACGAGACGCAGAGAUUACCCGGCGCGCGGAGAUCUCGAAUGAGAAGAAGGAAGCGACCAUUAAUAAGGCACGCGAGGAUAUUGAUGAUUUCUACGUAUCCUACAAUAACAAGACCGAUAAGCUCCGGGCUCAAACCCGUGCCGAUGCCGAACAAUUUCUCGCUAACAGAGAGGAUACCUCUGCCGGCGGUACCAGCUGGGAACGUAUCGCGAAGUUAGUCGACAUUUCCGGCAAAGGCACAAAGGGCGGGGCUAGCGGAUCAGGCAAGGAGCGUUUCCGUGAGUUGCUGCUGGACCUGAAGAAGGACCAGAACGCCCCUGGCGUCACUGGAAUUUAG